CUACAAUCCCAUGCGCCUGGCAUGCAACAAUGGUCGGGACCCACAGGAAUCAUAGGGAGGCAUUUAUCGGUGAAAGGUGGCCUGCCCCGCGGCGCGCAGCCACCAUGAGCACCGCCGCCUUCCACAUCUCCAGCCUCCUGGAGAAGAUGACAUCCAGCGACAAGGACUUCAGGUUCAUGGCCACCAGUGACCUGAUGUCAGAGCUGCAGAAGGACUCCAUCCAGCUGGACGAGGAUAGUGAGCGCAAGGUGGUGAAGAUGCUGCUGAAGCUGCUGGAGGACAAGAACGGUGAGGUGCAGAACCUGGCCGUCAAGUGCCUGGGUCCUCUGGUGGGCAAAGUGAAGGAGUACCAGGUGGAGACCAUCGUGGAUGCCCUCUGUGCCAAUAUGCGGUCAGAUAAGGAGCAGCUCCGAGACAUCGCUGGCAUCGGCCUCAAGACUGUCCUGUCGGAGCUCCCCCCUGCAGCCACAGGCUCUGGCCUGGCUGCCAACGUGUGCCGGAAGAUCACUGGCCAGCUCACCAGCGCCAUCGCCCAGCAAGAGGAUGUGGCUGUGCAGUUGGAAGCCCUGGACAUCCUCUCUGACAUGCUGAGCAGGCUGGGUGCCCCUCUGGGUGCCUUCCACGCCAGCCUCCUGCACUGCCUGCUGCCUCAGCUGAACAGCCCACGCCUGGCCGUGCGCAAGAGGGCAGUCGGGGCACUGGGCCACCUGGCGGCAGCCUGCAGCACCGACCUCUUCGUGGAGCUCGCGGACCACCUGCUGGAUCGGCUGCCCGGCCCCCGCGCACCUGCCAGCCCGGCCGCCAUCCGCACUCUGAUCCAAUGUUUGGGUAGCGUUGGCCGGCAGGCAGGCCACCGCCUCGGGGCCCACUUGGACCGCCUGGUGCCCCUGGUGGAGGAGUUCUGCAACGUGGACGACGAUGAGCUCCGGGAGUCCUGCCUCCAGGCUCUUGAGGCCUUCCUGAGGAAGUGCCCCAAGGAGAUGGGUCCUCAUGUGCCUAAUGUGACCAGUCUCUGCCUCCAGUACAUGAAGCAUGACCCGAACUAUAACUACAACAGUGACGGGGAUGAGGAGCAGAUGGAGACAGAAGAUAAUGAAUUCAGUGAGCAAGAGAGUGAAAAUGAGUACAGUGAUGACGAUGACAUGAGCUGGAAGGUGCGCCGGGCCGCAGCCAAGUGCAUGGCAGCCUUGAUUGGCUCCCGGCCUGACCUGCUGCCCGACUUCCAUCGCACCCUGGCACCCGCGCUCAUCCAUCGCUUCAAGGAACGCGAGGAGAAUGUCAAGGCCGAUGUCUUCGGGGCUUACAUUGUGCUGCUGCGGCAGAUGCGACCCCCAAAGGGGUGGAUGGGGUCCAUGGAGGAGCCCACCCAGACAGGCAUCAGCCUCCACGUGCUGCACAGCCAGGUGCCUCUGGUGAUCAAGGCCCUGCAGCGGCAGCUUAAGGAUCGGAGCGUCAGGGCCCGCCAGGGCUGCUUCAGCCUCCUCACCGAGCUGGCGGGGGUCCUCCCUGGCAGCCUGGCAGAGCACAUGCCUGUGCUGGUAGCAGGCAUUGUCUUCUCUCUGGCGGACCGUUCAAGUUCCUCCACUAUCCGGAUGGACGCCCUGGCCUUCCUACAGGGGCUGCUGGGCACAGAGCCAGCCGAGGCCUUCCACUCACACCUGCCAACUCUCCUGCCACCUGUGAUGGCCUGCGUGGCUGACCCUUUCUACAAGAUCGCGGCUGAAGCCCUGCUGGUGCUCCAGGAGCUGAUGCGGGCCUUGUGGCCCCUGGACAGGCCUCGGACGCUGGACCCUGAACCAUACGUUGGAGAGAUGUCUGCGGCCACCCUGGCACGGCUCCGUGCCACUGACCUGGACCAGGAGGUGAAGGAGCGCGCCAUCUCCUGCAUGGGCCACCUUGUGGCCCACCUGGGUGAUCGGCUCAGGGACGACCUAGGGCCAUCACUAUUGCUUCUCCUGGACCGCCUGCGGAAUGAGAUCACCCGGCUGCCUGCUGUCAAGGCGCUGACGCUGGUGGCCAUGUCCCCGUUGAGGCUUGACCUGCAGCCCAUCGUGGCUGAGGCACUGCCCAUUCUGGCCUCGUUCCUGCGGAAGAACCAACGGGCGCUGCGGCUGGCCACGCUGGCUGCCCUGGACGCCCUGGCCCAGAGCCAGGGACAUAGCCUCCCGCCGAGUGCUGUGCAGGCAGUACUGGCCGAGCUGCCUGCCCUGGUCAGUGAGAGUGACAUGCAUGUGGCCCAGCUGGCCGUGGACUUCCUUGCCACAAUGACCCAGGCCCAGCCAGCCUCCUUGGCCAAGGUCAGCGGCCCUGUGCUCUCGGAGCUGCUGCGGUUGCUGCGCUCACCCCUGUUGCCUGCCAGCGUGCUGGCGGCUGCUGAAGGCUUCCUGCAGGCCCUGGUGGGGACCCGCCCCCCGUGCGUGGACUACAAGGAGCUCAUCCGCAUGCUCACGGCACCUGUCUAUGACCAGGCCGCAGAGGGUGGGCCAGGCUUACACAAGCAGGUGUUCCACUCUCUGGCUCGGUGUGUGGCGGCCCUCGCAGCUGCUUGUCCCCAGGAGGCAGCAGGCACAGCAAACCGCCUGGUCUGCGAUGCCAGGUCACCCCACUCAAGCACAGGGGUCAAGGUCCUGGCGUUCCUGUCACUGGCCGAGGUGGGCCAGGUGGCCGGGCCAGGCCCCCAGCGGGAGCUGAAGGCAGUGCUCCUGGAAGCCUUGGGGUCACCCAGUGAGGAUGUGAGGGCGGCUGCAUCCUAUGCGCUGGGCCGCGUGGGUGCUGGGAACCUGCCCGACUUCCUGCCCUUCCUGCUGGGGCAGAUCGAGGCUGAGCCCCGGCGGCAGUACCUGCUCCUGCACGCACUCAGGGAGGCCUUGGGCGCUGCCCAGCCUGACAGCCUGAAGCCCUACGCUGAAGACAUCUGGGCCCUGCUCUUCCAGCGCUGUGAGGGCGCCGAGGAGGGCACUCGGGGGGUGGUGGCUGAGUGCAUCGGCAAGCUAGUCCUCGCGAACCCUCCAUUCCUUCUGCCCCGAUUCCGGAAGCAGCUCGCUGCAGAUCGGCCACACACGCGGAGCACAGUUAUCACAGCAGUCAAAUUCCUCAUCUCUGACCAGCCCCAUCCUAUUGAUCCCCUCCUGAAGAGCCUCAUUGGCAGCCUUGUGGAAUGUGGGGAGUCUUGGGUUGGCAGCCUGGUUCUCUGCUUCUCUCUGGCUGUGUGAGCAUGGACAGAUCAUCUCAUCCUGAGCUAUAAAAUGGGAGUGCUGAUCCCCACUUGCCAGGGCACUGUUGGAUUAGACCAGAGAUCAGCAGACAUGGCCAUGCUCAGGAUUGGAGAACACGUCCAGAAGCCACAGCAAUGUCCGCAGCAGCUUCAUCACCUCCCCUUACCCAGGGGGCACACACUGCCGCCAGUCCUGACUUCCCUCAUUGUGCCUGAGCUGCCCAUGCCUGGCAGCCUGAAUGUGUGCCUGGGUGUUUGGUUCUUAUUGUAUGCCUGGGUGUUUGGUUCUUAUUGUAUGUUUGAACCUGAACUGUGUAUCAGGUACAAGGCUAGGUCCUUUAAUACACCUCACCACAGUUCACUCUCACAGCUCCCUGCAUGGUAUGUAGGCCCAGCCACAUCUUACAGAUGAGGAAGCAGAGGCUCAGGGAGGAGACUUGGACUCAGGUCUUGCCAGCUACCCCACAGUUUUGUUCUCAGAGAGAAUGGGGGAAUCUAGGAGCCAGCAGGGCACAGUGCAAGGGGCCAGAGGUUGCCAACUCAGUCUGAAUCCUGCUCUGCUGAAAGAUUUUAUGUUCUUCCCAGUGCAUCAUAUUGGCAGUUUGCUCCUUGACGGAUCAUGGUAACUCUGAUCACCUGGUUAAGAUGGAGACAUCCAGUUUUCACCACUCUAAAAUUACUUUUUCCUGGAGCACCUGGGUAGUACGGUCAGUUGGGUGACUGAUUCUUGAUUUUUGCUCCAGUUGUGAUCCGGGGGUCGUGGGAUCGAGACCCACAUCAGGCUCCACACUCAGCAUGGAGUCUGCUUGGGACUCUGUUUCUCCCUCUGCCCCUCCACUACUUCUCUCUCAAAUAAGUAAAAUCUUUAAAAUCACUUUUUGCUUUGGAAUGAGUAAGCAUUUUUGAAUCUGUUGAAAUAUCCUCUUCAUCAUGUUUCCUUUUUUUAAAAAAAGAUUUUAUUUAUUUAUUUGAGAGAGAAAACAAGCAGGGGGAGAGGCAGAGUAAGAGGGAGGAGCAGACUUCCUGCUGAGCAGGGAGCCCAAUGUGAGGCUUGGUCCCAGAAUCCUAAGAUUAUGACCUGAGUUGAAGGCAGAUGCUUAACCAGCUGAGCCACCCAGGUGUCCCUUCAUCAAACUUCUGCCCACUAUACUGAGCAUCCAUUGUGGUUUCUUUCCUGCCUCAGUGAUUUCUGACAGUUGCCAAAUGCUGACUUCGAUUCCAUCAUUCCUUUCAUAUUUGUUAGUUUGCCUUCUAAUCUCUGGAAUAGAACUUUUCCUUCUCCCCCACUUAUUUAUUUACUCAUUGAUUUAUUCAUGUCAUUAUAGAAUCAUGGACUCCUGUUUCAUUAAGUGAAUUGUAAUUUAUUAUCGUCUUCAUUUAUUUGACUCUCAUGCUUGUCUUAGGUGUGACCAGUGGGGGCCCUUCAGGAUGGUUCCAAGGUUCUUUUUUUUUUUUUUUAUAUUUUAUUUAUUUAUCAGGGUGGGGGGAGAGUGAGCAAGCACAGGCAGACAGAAUGGCAGGCAGAGGCAGAGGGAGAAGCAGGCUCCUUGCCGAGCAAGGAGCCCGAUGUGGGACUCCAUCCCAGGACGCCGGGAUCAUGACCUGAGCCGAAGGCAGCUGCUUAACCAACUGAGCCACCCAGGCGUCCCUGGUUCCAAGGUUCUAUUGGCAUGUUUUCAUCAUCCUUUGGACAUAUUCUGGUUUUUUGGCACAAUAAGAUGCUCUAGACUUGCCUUGAACGUUUCCUGCCCCAGCUCAGGAAUCGGCCAUUUCUCCAGAGAGCCCUGAUUCCUUUUGAGGGGAGAAUGAUACUUAGGACCCAAAACCUGGACUCUAGGUGUGCUCAUUGCUACUGGGGUGCCACUGCUGCAAGGCCCUCAGAGACAGAGCUGAGGAGUGUGUGUGUGUGUGUGUGUGUGUGUGUAUGAGUAUGUGUACACAGACAGACACACAUGGACAUGAGUUACCUCCUCUCCAGUUCAGCACUGCAGGGUUCCACUUAGCCUCCUUCCUUCCUAUUCCAUACCCUUCUCUUACAGGGUGAAACUUACCUCCUACUACCUAUAAGAUAUGUAUUCUGGAAUACACAGAAAGUAGACUGAGAAUUGCUAACCUUUAGAGCUGAAAAGUCAGCAAUUGUUCUUAGCUUGAGGGCAUUUAACCAAAAUACCUCAGAAGAUACUUGGUGACUUGUUUCACUCUCUCAUAACCUGAUGGUUAUGUUAAUCAUUUGAAAUAUAAUUAGGGGUUUGGUUGUUGUUAUUUUUUAUGCUUUUCUUUAGGGACUCACCUCAUUCUUGAUUUUAUUUACUUACAGAGCAUAUGGAACAUUAAUGUAGUUAUUAAAAAGUCUAAACUGUAUAAAAAGUCAUACUCAGAGAAGUGCUGUGUGAAUGUGUAAGUUUUUUCACCUCUUUGAUCUCCAAGAGCCCUAUCUAUAAUAAUAUCAAGUUACCAUUUAUAGAAUCCUUGGUCUGUGCCAGGCUGUCUUCUAUGUAUUUAUAUUUUAUAUAGAUUUAGUUUAUGUAAAUAAAU